AUGGAGUUGCAUAAAUUGAGAAGGGUAUACAUUGAGUUCGCAGAGAUUGUCUUCCGUGAGGGGUUUCUGGACAAUCAGUACACACAGUUGCAGCAGCUGCAGGAUGAGAGCGAACCUAAGUUUGUUCUUCAGGUCGGGACUCUUUUCCUUGAAGACUCUGAGAAGCUCCUCAAUGAACUACGCUCUAUCCUAGAUCAGCAGGACGUGGACUUCGAGAAAUUGGAUGCCUUUGUCUGCAAGUUGACAGGCAGCAGUGCCAGCAUAGGUGCUAAAAGAGUCAAAGAUGUGUGCAUGGCCUUUCACGACUGCUGUAAGAAGGGGAGCAAAGAAGGUUGCCUCAAAUGUCUGCAGCAACUGGCGGCGGAGUAUCGCCUGGUGAAGCGCAAGCUGGAAACUCUGUUCAAGCUGGAGACGCAGAUUCUGGCUGCUGGUGGAUCAGUCCCAUUGUUGUCGCAGUAG